AUGAUUUUCGCUAAAUUCGCAUUCACACUUCUUUUUUCCCUGGCAACCUUUUCAUUUGCCGCUGAGCUUGAAUUGAGGAAACUCCAGGAAAGUACUGAGACCGAUUUAGGUUUGCACGUGGCUCUUGAGACUAGUCAUGAAAUCGUCGUUGUAUGGUUCAAACCAUUUGUUGGCAAGGAAAUUACAAAGGUUAUUGGCGAUUCGCACGAACUUUGGAAAGCUCAGAAGGAAGGCCACGAACUCAACGAACUCAUUGUGCUUGCAAAGGUUGAUGUCGCUGCCUUUGCUGUCAUAUCUGAAUUGACAGAGCAAGGAGGUUUGCUUCACCAUUACCUCGAGCUUGAUCCAAAGGGUGGUGUUAGGAAGGAGUAUACAGACUUCCCAGCGUUCCUUAGGCUUAUCCUAACCAGUCUUCAUAGACUUGGCGCCGUUGAGGCUCUAAAGCCACCAUACCCGGAUGUACCCUCUCAUUUCCUCCUCCGUCACCUAAAAAUAGCUGGAGAGAAGGCUGCCGCACAGGUUAGUCAUGAUGCUCCCGAUGCUCCUGCUCAUUAA